AUGUAUCAAAAAGUUUUAGACAACAUUAAGGAGGUAUCUGAAUUCAAAUUGUUAUGCAAAAAAAAGACUGAAUUAUUGAAUAUAUUUAAAUCAUGUAAAAAUAAAGAUAUCGGAGAAAUUUGGAUAUAUUUGGGAAAUAAAUUAGAGGAUCAUAUAAAUCAUGAAAAAUUAAAUUUCGAUGAAGAAAAUAAGACAUUGUUAUUUUUGGAGGAAAAAGAUAGACAGUAUCUCUUAUGUUGUAUAAGUUUCAUCUUCUUAUAUUUACAACAUUUAGAAAAUAAUGAAAAAAAAAAUAAACACAUUUCUUUUGAUGAAUAUUUCGAAGCAUUAUUUAAUAAAAUAACUGAACUUCACUUCAUGUUAAGUGAUAAAGACGUGAGGGAAUCAUUUGGAAAAUGUUUAUUACAAAUUUGUGAAUUAAAUUUAAAAGAUAGUAUAUUUUCUGAGAAUAUAAAAAUAAAUGUUUUAUUAUUUUUGUUAUGGAGAUGUUGUUCUUCGGAGGGAAAAGGUGCAGAUAUUAGUAAACUUAAAAAAUAUAAAGACUUUUGUAAAUAUAUAAAAUGGGAAACACCAGAAAAAACAAUAGAUUCAUUUUGUCUCUUGUGCUCCUAUUCAUUAAACCUUCCGAAAUUUUAUGAAAAUGCUGAUGGGAAAUUAUUUUUGUCAUAUGUAUGGGUUCAACAUGAAUCUAUUGCCUCUCAUUUAUUUAGUAAAAUGGUUCAUAAUACUGUCCUCAUAUCAUAUGAAGCAAUUAACCACUAUUGUGAAAUUAUCUACAUGGCAUGGAAAAACUGUUCUGGUGAAAUGCAAUUUGUAGUAGAAAACCAAAUCGAAUAUCUCGUACAAUUUUCUAUAAAGUGCCCCAUUAAAAUUGCAUCGCGUUUUAGAUAUCUUCUGAAUAUAUUUCACACAAAUAAGGGGGAUAAAAAUGUUAAUAAUUUAAUUUUCAAAAUAUAUGACCCAGUUAUUUGGAGAAACUUAAUGUCUGCUAACUGGAAAAUUCGGUUUAACACCGUGUGCAUUUUUCAGCUGAUUUUCCCUGUUGUGGAUCCCUGCAUAAAAAACAUAAAUUAUUUGCAAGAAAUGGAAAAAGCCUAUAAUGCCCUCUUUGAUAUGUGCGAAGAUGAAAAUUCGUGUGUUUUACAGGCAAUAGCCAAAUGUAUUUGUUAUGUUAUAAAUGAAUUAUGGGAAAUAAUAAGUGAAGAAAAAAGGACAAAAUUAUUUGAUACUUUAAUAAAUAAACUUUUAAGGGGUAAAAGUUAUGAUAAUGUGAAAACAGAGGUGGUUUUAGGUUUCUGUGAAAUGGCAAAGAAUAAAAAAAUCAAUAAAAUAUUUAUGAAAAUAUUUGAUAGAAUUAAAUAUCUUAUAAAUGAUAAAUGCUUAAGAGUUCGAAAAUUUUUUAUUAUUCUUGUAUUAGAAUUAAAUAAAAAUAUAAACCCGAGUUUUUCUAAUGAAAUUGAUUACAAUGAAUUAAAUAAAAGAAUAACAAAAGACUUUUUCACAUUUAACAUUGAAUGUUGUAUUAAAAAACUAUCAUAUUUAAAACAGGAGCAUCAUGAAAAAAUAAAUAAUAAAGAAAUCUGUGAAUUUUUAAGGUUAGCCUCAAAUUUAAUAACCUAUUCUAUGUGGGAUUGUGAUAUAAAAGAACAAGCAAAAAAAUGUAUCAACUUAUUAAAUGAAUAUCCUGUUUUGAUGAUAUGUAUAAGUAAAUUUUCUACUAAUCUGAAAUUAAUUGAAAGAUAUAAUUUGGCUUGUGUUUUAUUUGAAAUAACGAAUAUUAAAUUGAGGGAAGAGGAUAACAUGUUUUUGCUUAAAAAAAUUGAAGAUAAAAAUAAUAUUCAUUGUAAAAAUUAUCUUAAAAAAUAUCUUUUGUUAAAGGAUCCUAUUUUAAAUAAAAAAUUUAUUCGAUAUUCAUCUCUUUUAAUAUGUAUAUAUAAUUUUUUAAAAUUAAAAAAUGAUGAAGAAAUAGUAAUAUGUAAUUCUGAACAUGUUCAGGAAUUUUUAAAGACACAGUUUUCAGAAAAAUUUUUUAUAGACAGUAUAAAUACAUUAAUGCAACCAUAUUAUUUUAAAAUAUUAAAACAUAUAAAUUUAGAUAUGGAUAAUUAUUUAAGUAUACAUAAAUAUGGUUGUAGACAAUUAAAUAGUUUGUAUAAAAUAAAAAAUGAAAAUAUGUGUAAAUCAUGUAUUAUUCCUUUAUUUUUUAAAUGGGGAAUGUUAGAAACUUUUUUUAAAAAGAAUAUUGAAUGCUUAAAUAAAUCAACUGAAUAUAUAUUUUCCAAUUUAAAUGCUAAUGAAAUUGUUACAUCAAACGAUUGUGAAGAUAUAGACAAUACAACAUAUAGUGAGUCUGAUGGAAGCUCUAGUGAUAUUGGUAGUAGUAGCAGUUAUAGUGAUACCGUUGAAAAAUCGGGUAAAGAAUCUAUCAUAAAAGAAGGAAUAGAAAAGGAAUGUAAAAACAAAAAGACAAAUAAAACCGAUUAUAUUAUUGAUAAUAAUGAAGGAGAGAAAAAAAGUUUAAAAAAAAAACAGUUAGCCAAUCAGAAAGAAAUGAAUGCAUUGAUUUUUUUGUCUAUAGUUGUUAAAAAAAAAAAAUAUCAUAAUUCAUUAUUUAAAAAUUAUUCAAAUAUAAUACACAAUUUUAUUUGUAAAUUUAAUUAUAUAUUAUUACAUAUGUUUGAAAAGAUUUAUAUGAAGGAUUUUAUUUUACCUGCACAGUUAAUAUCAAAACAUAAUGAUGAAAAAAAAAUAAAUAAAAUGGAUAAAGAUAUUGUAAAAUUACCAUUAUAUGAUAAAAUAAAAAUAGAAAAAUAUAUGUGUUUAUAUGUCUCAUUCUUUUUUUUGGGUUUUAAUAUAUAUUUUAAGCAAAAUAACAUAUCCUGCGAUUGGGAUUUAUUAAUAUCAAAUACAACAAAAUGUAUUGAAAUAAUUAAUUCUAUAAAUUUUAUAAAUGAAAUUGAAAUAACAAAAAAUAUUGGAUUUUCAAAAAAUGAUAAUACUAUCAGUAAUAACAUUCAAUUGGAAGACCAAAAAAGGGAAUGGGCCACCUACAUCAGUAUUAUUAUUCAUUUAACAAUAUAUUUUCUCGAUAUGGUUGAGUAUACUAUAUCAAUGAAAAAGCUCGAUAUUGAAUAUACAGAUUUUAAUAAUUUUAUAAAAAAUAUAUUUUUAUUUUACAAAUGUUACGAAAUAAUAAGUAGUGAUCAGAAAAAAAUGAUAGAACUCUAUUUAAAAAUAUGGAAUAGAUUACGCUCCUUUCUUUUAGUUUUAUUAAAUUUUGAUUACUUUGAAAAUAAACUCGAAAAUAAGCUAAGCAUAGUUAAUACUUUUUUUUUAUUUACUUAUGAUAUAGUUCCCAAGAAAAGUAUAGAAGACAUGCUAAAGAAAUAUAAUUUAGCAUAUAAACAAAAAGAAACAUUUAAUGAUUUUUUACAAAAUUUCAAAAAAAAUAAUAAUAACAUAGAUUAUAUGGAAAGGCACAUAAAAAAUACUCAGGAAAUAUUUGAUAAUAUGCUAUCACAAAAGAUGAAAACAAAAAGGGGAUAG